CCCGCACCCGGCGGCCGGGCGAGUAGCGGCGGCGGCCGCGGCGGAAUAUGGGCGGGAACCACUCCCACAAGCUCGGCGCGUUUGACGAGAACCAGGAAGUCAACUUUGACCAUUUCCAGAUUCUGCGGGCCAUUGGCAAGGGGAGUUUUGGAAAGGUGUGCAUUGUGCAGAAGCGAGACACGAAGAAGAUGUACGCAAUGAAGUACAUGAACAAGCAGAAGUGCAUCGAGAGGGACGAAGUUCGGAAUGUCUUCAGGGAACUGCAGAUCAUGCAGGGGCUGGAGCACCCCUUCCUGGUCAAUCUGUGGUACUCCUUCCAGGACGAGGAGGACAUGUUCAUGGUGGUGGACCUGCUCCUUGGGGGGGACCUACGCUACCACCUGCAGCAGAACGUGCAGUUCACAGAGGGCGCUGUGAAGCUCUACAUCUGCGAGCUGGCCCUGGCCCUGGAGUAUCUGCAGGGGAACCACAUCAUCCACAGAGACAUCAAACCAGACAACAUCCUGCUGGACGAGCACGGACACGCUCACGUGACGGACUUCAACGUGGCGGCGGUGGUGACGGGAGCAGAGCGGGCGUCCUCCUUGGCGGGCACCAAGCCCUACAUGGCCCCAGAAGUGUUCCAGGUGUACGUGGACGGAGGCCCCGGGUACUCCUACCCCGUCGACUGGUGGUCCCUGGGCGUCACGGCCUACGAGCUCCUGCGGGGCUGGAGGCCGUAUGAAAUCCACUCAGCCACGCCCAUCGGUGAGAUCCUCAACACGUUCAAGGCAGAGCGGGUCCACUACUCGUCCACGUGGUGCAGGGGGACGGUGGCCCUGCUGAAAAAGCUCCUGACCAAGGACCCUGAGAGCCGCCUGUCCAGCCUCCGAGACAUACAGAGUGUGCCCUACUUGGCCGACAUGAACUGGGACGCGGUGUUUGAGAAGACGCUGAUACCCGGCUUUGUGCCCAGUAAAGGGAGAUUGAAUUGUGAUCCCACAUUUGAACUUGAAGAAAUGAUUCUAGAAUCCAGGCCACUUCACAAAAAGAAGAAGAGGCUGGCAAAGAACAGGUCCAAGGAUGGCACGAAGGACAGCUGUCCUCUGAAUGGACACCUGCAGCAGUGUUUGGAGACUGUACAGAAAGAAUUCAUCGUAUUCAACAGAGAGAAACUCCGGAGGCAGCAGGGGCAGGGCGGCCCGCUCGCGGACACAGAAGGCCGAGCGGGCGGCCAGGCCCAGGGCAAGCUCCAGGAUGGGCACAACAACAACAUCCUUGGCCACACCUGCUCCCGAGGCUGCAGCAGCUAAGCCCCUACGUGCGGCGGCCCAGCGGACUGCACACGGCCCUGCCCUGCCUGCCCAGAGCUCCUCUCUGUGCCCAACUGUCCCUGUGUCACCCCUGAAAACAUCAGCUCCAGAAAGAGCCUUGGACUCAGAGCUGGGAAGCCUGGGUUCUGGUCCCAGCUCCCUGACUGAUUCAAUGUGUGACCUCAGACAAACCCCGCCCUCCCUGUGCCUCAGUUUUCUGCAUCUGCCAAAGGGGUUAAACAUCUCUGCCCCACCUCAAAUCACAAGAGGAUUGUGAGAAUCCAAUUAGGUAGCAGACAUGCAAAACCUUUGAUAUUUAUAACAUUAUUUAUACAUGCAGAAUACAACCUUAAUGUUUGAAGUGCAUUCCCAUCCUCCAAAGCAAUUAGACCAUCAUGAUUUUGCAGUUUGGGUCGUCCUUGAUUGUUAGAGGGUACUUUUGGAAACUGCAGCCCCAAGGGUGAAAUACAUGUCUGAUAUGUUUGCCCCUCCUGUGAGAAUACCACCUGGAGAAAUCCUGGAGCAAAACCUGAAGUGUCUCGAUUUGCAUUCUCUACUAGACUACAGUCUUUCUGGGCUCCUUAGGCUGUGCAGUGUGCAGACCAGCCUGGUCCCUAAGGGCUCAGUGCUGGGGGCUCACUCCUCCCCUUGUUCCCAGAAGACUGUCCCCACCCCCACCCACCUCCAGUGGUUCAGACGGACACACAGGGCCCGUUCAGAUGGGACACUGAUCGUCGGUGACUCCUACAGAGUGUCGUCAGAGCUCCCCCAAAGCCCCUCGCCGCAGCAGAGCCCUCCCCGUGGACCAGCCUGCCAGGGUUUCUCUCGGGAAGGCGAAGCCAGCUUGCUAGUGUCACCUUACAGAGGGUGCCCAACCAGCAUUGAUGGGGUGUCUCCUUAUUAGAAAUUAGGAAGCAUGGGUGCUUAGAAAGUUUGUUCCAGGAGGAAACUGGACUCACAGAAAAAGCAAACAAACUAGUCUCUGAUGUGUUCAGGGAGCAGCUUGCCUUUGCGCUGGGGGACCUGCGGCACAGCGGGCGAGCUGAAAUGCUGGAAGCCGCUUGCGUUCAGAGCCCAGCCCUGCCGGGCACCAGUCAGAAGACCUCAGCAAGGCACACGUCCCUGCGAGUGACACUUUCCUCAACUUUUGUUUUCAGAUGGGAAUAGUAAAACCAACCUUGCAGGGCUGUUUAGGGUUAGGUAAGAUCCUGCAUGCAGCGCACCCGGUGCGCUGGGCGCUCUUCAGAUGGCAGCCUGCUUUGUCUGCAGUACCGUCCUCAGGAUUUGGCGAUACGUUGUUAUUUCUGUCACUUGGCAGGUCCCUUUUCUGUGGCAACAAACUCACAUUUGGGAUUCUUUUAACUUUUCUUCCUGGAGUCUUUGAUGUCUGUGUAUCCUGUUGAAGUUCAAUUGUGUUUUUAUUUUUUCAUCCAACUACCAUUUUUCACCUUUUACUUGAUAAAUCAUCAAUCCUUGGGCUGUCAGUGUCAUCCGUUGUUUCUUAAAAGACAUUUUAAUGUAUAAUGAGGUGUGAUAUUUUUAUUUUAAAAAUAAAAUAGUCAUUGUUUUCCUCCUUUAAACUGAGGCUAUUUCUAGAUUGUGUUACCGCCGAAGUCCACGGCGUGGCACACUUUCUAGUCUUCAGCCUCCCAGCAGCACCGUCUCGUGCCGCCUCCAGGAAGCGCGGGCCGCUCUCUCCUCACUGUGACCUGGCGGCUCCUGAGAUGUCUCACUGGGCCGAGUUCAUGGAUUAGGGGCAGGAGCUGCAAACAGCCCCAGAAACACGGGAUAUUUGGGCUCUGUUCAAGUCGGCGUUCCUUGUUCAGAAUAAACUGUUCCUUGGACACUAAUUCUUACGACUUUUCUUAAUUCAGGGUUGGGUGGGAUGGCCACGCUCCUCCUGGAGUGAAGAGGCCCACGUGUCAUCAGAAACACAGAGCUUGGAGAGCUGGCGUGGACGCCGGGUCAGCAAUGGGGCCGCCCUGCCCACAGAUGCAAUCAAACUCAGCUGGGCAAUUCAAGGCUCUGCCCAACCGGAUCACGCUUUACAUUAUUAUUAUCUUCAUAUACUUACAAGGGGACAAUCCAGUCACUAGGGAAAAAUACAGAAAAUUAUCUACCUAGAGAAAAUUUUUAAUCUUUAAAAUUUCCUCAAAUUACUGCUUAAAC